AUGUCUUCCACAUCACCAGAUGCUGCAGGUCUUUCCGAGAUCAUGAAGCUGCUGCACUGCCUCUUGAAGCGCGCUCAGAUGCUGCUGCUCUGCCUGGGCAUCGCCUAUCUGAUGGCGGGCAGCAUCCUGCUGCUGCAGCGCUCCAGUGUCAGGGUGGCCCAGCCCAACCUCGCCGGCUUGCCACCCCUGCUGGCCCUCGCUGCGCCCCCCACCGUCCUCAGGGCCUGGGCGGGCCUGGGCGUGAGGGCGCGCUCCAGAUGGGCCGUUCAACCCGCGUCCGCAGGGGGAGCCAAGGCGGGGCGGCACUGGCCCGCUUCCCAAAGCCUGGGGGUGCAACACUUGCAUCGCCGCUGGUUCCACAGUCUGCUGCCAGAGAGCCCAGAGCAGAGAGUCCCUCUCCACAGCAGCAGCAGACAGAAAGGAACCUACAUGGGCUGCUUCCUGCACAAUGCCAGUGGCCGAGCGCUGGGAGGAACCAUGCUUUAUGAUCUGCGCAAAAUGACCAGCUCUCUGUGUCAAGACACCUGCUCGGAAAGCGGGUUCCAGUUUGCAGGUCUGGAGUUUGGAGCCGAAUGCCACUGCGGGAACCGGAUCAGUAGCACGCGGGCCCCCGAGGAGGACUGCGGGCUGGUGUGUCGGGGCGAGAGGGGGUCUCCCUGCGGAGGCGUGGGCCGACUCUCCAUUUAUAAGGUGGAGCAGCAGCUGCCGGGUCACAGAAAAUUCAGAAAUGUUCACCACCGCGGCUGCUUCAGGUUGGCGAGGAGCACCAUCGGCAGCUUCCCCAUCGACUCCUUGCAGCCCAACCUCACCACGCAGUCCUGCAUCGAGACCUGCACCGACAAGGAGCUCCCGCUGGCUGUGUUCAAGAAGCCCCACUGCUUCUGCACAUGGACGUCCUCUCUCUUCAGUCUGGACCAGCAGUCUGACCAGCAGCAGUGUGUGGAGGACACUGGGCGGAAUCACACCGGCAGCUCCCCGGAGCACGCCCACUACCAGGUGUACCACACACCUGUGCUCGACUCCAUGUGCAAAGAGAGGAUGUUCCUGCCUCAGAGAUCCAGCUCCCUGGUGGCCCUUUCCAGUUUUCCUGGUGCGGGCAACACGUGGGUGCGACACCUGAUCGAGCUUGUGACUGGCUACUACACCGGCAGCUUCUACUUUGACGGCACGCUCUACAACAGAGGUUUCAAAGGGGAGAAGGACUACUGGAAGAGCGGCCGCAGCAUUUGCGUGAAGACCCACGAGAGCGGUCAGAAGGAGAUUGAGAUGUUCGAUUCCGCCAUCCUGCUGAUUCGGAACCCGUACCGCUCCCUUGUGGCCGAGUUCAACCGCAAGUGUGCCGGACAUUUAGGGCACGCCACGGAUGCACAGUGGAAAAGCCAAGAAUGGCCAGAAUUUGUCUCCAGCUACGCCCCCUGGUGGGCGUCCCACGCCCUCAGCUGGCUGAAGUUCGGCCGGCGCCUGCUGGUGGUGCAUUACGAGGAGCUGCAGAGGGCCCUUCUCCCUCAGCUCCAAGUCAUCACCGCCUUCCUGAACGUCACCAUGAUGGAGGAGAAGCUGCUGUGUGCCCAGAGCAACCAGGACGGACACUUCAAACGCUCGGGGGCCCCGCGGUCCUCCUUUGACCCCUUCACCCCCGACAUGAGGCGCAUGAUCGACCCCUUCAUCCAUUCUGUCGACCAGGCACUGCACAGCAGGAACUUUAGCGGACUUCCUCAGGAGUACCUUCCCAGGUGA